UUAAACAAUGUUUUACAAGUCCACAUGCAAUUUUCUGAGUCAUGUUAAAAGUGUUAAAUGUUGAUCAAAUGUAAAUAGUAUAUAAUAUAUAUGUAUGUAUAUUAUGUUUCUAUACUGAUGCAGGUUUGUUUGUAAUUAUAGUGUCAGAAAGUGACUUUGUUAAAACCAGUUAAUUUAUAAAAUGGCAACAAGUUCUCAGUCUUCAGUUGAGCUGGGUUCACAUGAAGUGAAGGACUAUAUUUGUAAUGCCUGUGAAGACCAGAAAAAUGUUGAGACAAGUGCUGAUUUCUAUUGUAAACAGUGUGAACGGUUUUAUUGUGGAAACUGUAUUGAUCCACAUGGUAAAGUCUUUGCUAAACAUACUACAUUUGGAAGGGUCGAAAUAGAUAAUUGGCCAGUUUCAAAAAAGGUGGUGGAUUUUCUACAAACUUGUGAUGUUCAUAAGGACCAUAAAAUUGACCAAUUCUGCAACCUGCACAAACAGCUGUGCUGCCCACAGUGUGUAUCUGAUCAACACAGCCAGUGCAGUAAAGUGACCCAUAUUUCGGAGCUGACCAACUCGCAGCCCACUGGCCUGGAGGGGAUGUCAGUGGAGCUGGAAACUGUCCUGGGGGAAAUUAAAACCCUGCAGAUCAGUCAGAAGGCCAGCAUUCAGUCAUUGCAGAAAACAUACAAGGAACAUAGUGCAGUUAUGAUAGAGCAAAUGCGUGGCAAUUUAAAUACUUAUAUAGAUGAAUGUGAUAAUAGUUCUGUGGGUACAUCAGGUGAUAAUGAGCAAUAUUUAAAAGAAGAGAUGUGUAGGAGUGUUCUCUCUAUCGUGAAUGAAUUUGAUAAUAUUACUGCGAAGGAACUUAACGAGAUGAAAGAUGAAGUUAUAAGCAUUAAAGGGUCAGUUACAAGUUCUAUUCAUAAAUGCACCAGUGUUCACAAUGACUUGUCACAAUUCCAUGAAAUUGUUCAGAAAAUUGGAGAUCAUAAGCAGCUCUGCCUUAUAGCCAGCAUAAAAUGUAAGCAUAUAAUACAGCAGGCACUGACUCUGCUGGGAAAGUCAGGCAAGGCGUUUAAUGUCCAGAGUAAUGCUAAGCACAAUGUGAGAAUACCAUAUUCAUAUGAAUGUCAUAUCACAGGCAUGUGUGCUGUCCCAGAUGGACAGGUCGUGGUUGCAGACAGGGAUAAUAAGAGAGUCAAGCUUCUGAGCCAGCAGUACAAGGUGGUGAGUCAUUGGGAUGUGAAUGCUGAGCCACAGGAUAUAUGUCAGAUCACACCUAGUGAGGUUGCAGUGACUGUGAAUACUAGAAACAUACAUGAGGUCCAGUUUAUUACUGUCAACCAGGGAAAGCUUGUUCCUGGCAGGAAGUUUCAGUUACAACAUGAAUGUAGAGGUAUUGCCCAUCAAAAUGGAGACCUUUUUGUCACCUCUGGUAAAGAACUGUACAAAUACACGCUGAAUGGCAAACUGAUCUGCAGACUCUAUGAAGCUUUGGGUUAUAAUACCGCAUUAGACAAGUGUGCUGUGAGUCCCACAGGAGACAGGCUGUACAUCACCAGCUACUGGCAGGACAAGCUUCUCACCCUGGCCAGGGAUGGCACACUCCUGGCUACAUACUCAGACCCAGCACUAGAGUGGCCAGGUGGUCUACAUGUGACCCCUGCAGGCCAGGUGCUGGUCUGUGGAUACCAGUCCCACACUGUACUACAGGUGGGCUGGGAGGGAGAGAGUAAGCUGGCUAAUCUUGCUACUUGGGAAGAUGGAGUGUGGUACCCACGGUCAGUCUGCUACUGCAGCACAACAUCAUCCAUCAUUGUGGGACAGCUGGGGAACAACAUCAUGGUGUUCAGAGUGGAAUAGUGUGUACAUUUGCUGCUGACAGUCGGGACAACGAUGCUGAGGAUGUGGGGGACAAGCAUGACGCAGAAGGUGAGCACCAGCAUUGAUAUCCAGUUGGCCAAGCAACAGCACCAGUCCGGCCUGCAGGAGCCCCAAUACUAAAUGAUCCUUUGCCUUCCCUGAUCCCUAGCUCCUCCCACUGGACCUCCGGCCACAAAGGGUCAGCAUCAUAACACAAGUCUGUUCUGCAAUAAAUCCUCAGCACGUCAAGUUUUCACGCGCUGUUAUGAACAGCUGAAAUGUCUGUGUUGAGAUUUCCCCAAGCAAGCCCGAGUAGUUUUGUUUAGCUUUAGUGCCCGAGUGGGAUGAGUGUUACAGAAGCGAGACGUUAUAGCAGUACUUAUGGAAACGCUAACAGUUAGUUCUCACUGUGGACAUCACGAAGAAUCUCACGAAGGAUUAAACGUUGAAUAGUUUGUUUAAUUCUUUAUAAGACAGCUAUAUAUUCAGCGAGGAACGAGAGCAAAUCAAGGAACAAUUGAAACUAUUCAUUCAGAAGUAUAUCUGCUGUAGAUAGUUAGGACAGUAGAAGGGUUACGGACUAUCCUCAGCGCACAAUAUAUUCAUGUGGUGUGCCUCAGACGCGAAUUCCCACAUUAUUGAAAACAAGUUGCUAAAAGUAAACACGUAUACGGUUUUGCACUCCGAGCCCAAAGGGCAUCGCAUUGAAUUGAGACUAAAGAAGGCUUAAAAACGUGACAACAGUUUUGUUGUAUGGUCCAGUAUGCCCUUCGACUCAUCCCGAAGUUAAUCAGAACUCAAACUCGGCCCUUAACAAUAUCCGCGAGGCCAGCAUAUCAGCUCAGCUUCUGAGCUUCAGCAAACACUUUAAGCCGCCAAGAUAAAAACAUCGUUGAAGUGAAAGUAGAUGACUAUCCUGACCCCUUCGCUUAAGUAAUUCAGCACAAAAACGUCUUGCGUCAGAGUAGCAAACCUCCAAACAUCUUCUCCCAUGUUGGCUUCAUCAACACUUCUUACAGCGGAGCCUUGACGAGUUUGACUUCCAUCCCAGCAUCGACUUGUUCCUUAUUGCGACUGACCUCGAUAAGUUGCUCUCAAAUAAUGUGAACCUUAUGCCAGUAUGUGAUUGACGCCAUUUAACAACAGUUGCUGUUGAGAAUUCCCGGGUUUGAGGUGGCAACUUUGGCGUCAGAACUCUCUCCAUCUCUGUCUAUGGCCCGGUCAAAGCAGCAGCAGCAGCAAUAAGAACAACAAGUAGUAUCUGAGAGGUGCUCUUCUGGGAUACGGGGCUUCAUGUAUGUGCUUAAAGUGUCAUCCCAGAAUAGCCUGUGCAGAUUGCACAUACAUCAAGUCCUAUUAAAGUGUCAUCCCAGAUUAGCCUGUGCAGACUGCACAUACAUUAAGUCCUAUUAAAGUGUCAUCCCAGAUUAGCCUGUGCAGAAUGAACAUACAUUAAGUCCUAUUAAAGUGACAUCCCAGAUUAGCCUGUGCAGACUGCACAUACAUAAUGUCCUAUUAAAGUGUCAUCCCAGAUUAGCCUGUGCAGACUGCACAUACAUUAAGUCCUAUUAAAGUGUCAUCCCAGAUUAGCCUGUGCAGACUGCACAUACAUUAAGUCCUAUUAAAGUGUCAUCCCAGAAUAUCCUGUGCAGACUGCGCAUACAUUAAGCCCUAUUAAAGUGUCAUCCCAGAUUAGCCUGUGCAGACUGCACAUACAUUAAGCCCUAUUAAAGUGUCAUCCCAGAUCAGCCUGUGCAGACUGCGCAUACAUCAAGUCCUAUUUAUCUGAGAAUGAGGCUCAUAUAGUUCACUUAACGUCAGUCCUUUUUCUGGCUGAUUAAGGAAAAGUUCCUAGCAUAAAAUGUGAAUUCUUUGAUUUUAAAUUUAUCAAACUUGGUAAAUAAAUAGCAAAUAAAAGUAAAUCUGAUAUCAGUUUUAAUCAUAGGUCAGGGCAUAGUUGUGCCCAUUUUUCUGCUGAAAUUUAGCCCUUGAACAACAGUUUCUCCUUGCAAUAAAUAAAUCCACUUUAAUUAUUAAAUUCUAUUAAAUUUAAGUAAAACAAUUAUUUAAUGCCUCCAGCACAUUUUUAUAAAAUUAUUAUCUUCAUUUAUUUUCAAUAUUUAUUUUAAUUGCCAAAUUUUGUUUUAAGAGCUAGUUCCUAGCAAUCAUAGGUCGGUACCCUGCUGAAAAACAUGAUCUCUGGUCAGCUGGGCCCAGAUGCCCAGCAACACUUCCUAGCCCAGGACCUUGGGGCAAAUGCUCAACAUGACCUAUCUGCAUGGUGAAGCCAGUCUAAUUCUUGGGCUCCAAACUCUCCUGCUGUGGGGCCGAGAUUACCUCAUCCAUAAGGGACACAUUUCUAGGAUGCGCCAAGGUCCUUUUAUCUGUUCACAGAGGCCUUAUACUCACAAGUUCAGGCCCAGAGAACGGCGUUCCCCAACUACAACACAACCAGUACGUCUCAAUAA